UUACAGAAGUUAGCGAAAAUUAAAAGUUCGCAAAGUCUGCGUUUUAGAUUUUGCCUAUGUUUUAUUUUAUUAUAAUUAAUUAAUUUGAUAAAACAAAGUGAAUUAACCUAAUUAAUACUUUUUUCGUGUAUAUAACUCACUUGCAAUAAUGCAUUAUAUACAAAAAUAUUUGGAUAAACUGCAAAUCCCUAAGACAAAUAAUAAACCGAUAAGUAAUGGAUAUAAAACAAAUAUCUUUUUAUAUUGCAAUUAUUAUAGCUUUUAUUCUCAAAAGGUUCUAAUGGCCCUGUAUGAAAAAAAUAUUGACUUUGAACCUCUAGUAAUAGAUAUCACCAAAGGAGAACAGUACUCUCCAUGGUUUCUUGAAAUAAAUCCCCGUGGUGAAAUCCCAGUUCUCAAAGUCAAUAAGUCUGUUAUACCAGAUUCUACCCGAAUUCUAGAUUACCUAGAACUCUACUUAGACCAUGAUAUGCCACCACUGAUUGAAGUAUCACAGGACAGCAAAAUUCUUGCAACUAUUACAAAGUUCAGAGAUCUUAUUGAGGCUCUACCAGCUGGUUUAAUUACAGUGGGUUCAUUUUUUCACCCACAUCUAUGUGGCAGCCCUAAACUACCUUUUAUUCUACCAGUUAGAGAAGUUCUUAAAAAUGGAGACUUGAGCAGUUCAAAAAAUCUAAGAAAGCUAGCUGAAGAAAAUCCCGUAGCUAAAGGAGUUUUAUUGUAUAAAGCAGAGAUACAAGAUAGAAAACACGAAAUCAUUGCUAAUGAAGAAGAAUAUUUAAAAGUAUUAAAUAUAGUAGAUGAAGUUUUAGCCCAAGUUGAAAUACAACUUAAAACACAAAGUGAAGAUAAUUGGCUUUGUUGUGAAAAAUUUAGCAUAGCAGAUAUAAAUUUAACUGUUCUUCUGCAACGUUUAUGGGAACUAGGCUUAGAAGAAAGAUUCUGGACAAAUGGUAAACGGCCCAAUAUAGAAAAUUAUUUUGCUCGUGUUAAAUUACGUGAGUCCUUUAAAAAGACCAUACCUAAUCUACCUGUUCACAUAAAGAUGAUUUUAACAUCACAACCUCCUAUCUAUGUUGGAGCUGCAGGUGCAGUUUCUAUUGGAGUUGUGUUUGUUUUGGCAUAUGUUGUCAAGAAACUUAUCCGUUAAUAAUAUUAUUCCAUAUAUAACAAUAUGAUACGAUAAACGAAAGCAUACCAUACCAAUCUUUAUGUAUAAAGUUAUUAUUCGAAAUGUGUAUCUUAGUAUAGAAGUCAAUGGACAUAUUAUAUAUUUAGGCUAUAACCAUAUUUAGCCUUCUUUUAAACUUUUUCAUAUAUAUAGUAAUUUAGUAUCUUUGACUAUAUUAUGAAUACAGGAAAAAGCAAGAGGUAAGGUGAUAGUAUAAUGCAUCUAUGAAACUUAUUAUAUUUAAUAGCAUUUGGCAUGUACAUUUGUUAUUUUGCAUGUUGAUUUUGCCAUUAUAUAGAAAUACAUUAUUAUAUUUACAUUGUAAUAUAUUUACUAUAGUUUUAUAUAAGAUCUGAGCAGAGAAUACAGCAUUGGUUAAUUCUAUCUCAAACAUUCUUCUGAUUUACCUAAAAAAUGUACAUUACUUAGUUUUACUUUUAUGAUGUAAAAUAUUCAUGCUUUAUUCUUUGUUCUGAUGUUAUCGAAAUCUAGAUAGAUUAUUUAAAUAAAAAAAUAAAUAAAAAAAAAAAACAAUAUUUUCUUAGUGAAAUAAAUUAUAAUUUAUAACCCUGUUAUAUAAUAUGUGCAAGAUAUAUUUAUUUCC